UUCACUGCGGCUGGCACUGCGAGUUGGACACUAAUAACAUUAUUUCGUUUCUCAUUAUUUUCUGUCAUAUGUGGGACAGUAACGGUGACAGCCUGAAAAUGCAGUCAGAAUCCGGAAUAGUUGCAGAUUUUGAGGUUGGGGAAGAAUUCCACGAAGAACCGAAAACAUACUAUGAGCUGAAAAGUCAACCUUUAAAAAACAGAUUUCCUGACAAAAGCUUGAACUGCAGAGAAAAAACACCAUCCCUUCCAGACAAGACACAGAGUUCUCCAUUAUGUUACUUCAACUCCUCAGAGCAGCUGGGGUCUUCCAAGCCCCCAAUAAGCUCCUCCAGUAUGACAUCACGAAUCUUGCUACGGCAGCAGCUCAUGCGUGAACAGAUGCAAGAGCAAGAACGACGAGAGCAACAGCAGAAGCAGCAAGCAAAUCAGUUCCUGCAGCAGAGAGCGCCAGUCAGUCAGAGCCCAGCUAUCAACGUCAGCGUCCCAACCAGCUUGCCCGCUGCAACCCAGGUACCAAUGGAAGUGCUCAAGGUGCAAACUCACCUUGAAAACCCAACAAAGUAUCACAUUCAGCAAGCUCAGAGGCAGCAAGUAAAACAAUACCUGUCUACCACUUUAGGAAACAAGCUUGCAAACCAGGCUUUGAGCCUUCCCUGUCCAAAUCAGCAAAGUGAACAUGGUAUGCCCCCUGGACCAGGUGGUAGUGCCCCAAAUAGUCCAAUGGCACUGCUUACCCUCAACACCAGCUGUGAAAAAGAGAUGGAUGAUGUUAUCGAUGAUAUAAUUAGCUUGGAGUCAAGUUAUAACGAAGAUAUCCUGGGAAUAAUGGAUCAAGGACUCCACAUGACCAACACGCUUCCUGUCUCUGGUAACUUGAUUGACAUAUAUAGUCAAAGCAUGCCACCACCAGGCCUUAAUGUUAGCAACUCUUGCCCAGCUAGUAUACACAACAUCAAGAGGGAGCUGACAGUCUCCAGUCAUUCUACCGUCUGCCCUACGAACAUGAUGUCCUGCUUGUCAGUUGAAAAUCUACAUAGUAACUUGCAAGAUGCCAAAAGCAUGCUACAUGAAUCUGCCUCAUUAGAAUCUGAAGCUAGAGCCCUGGCCAAGGAAAGACAAAAGAAAGACAAUCAUAACCUAAUUGAACGAAGAAGGAGGUUUAAUAUUAAUGAUCGCAUCAAGGAACUAGGCACACUGAUACCCAAAUCAAAUGACCCAGACAUGCGAUGGAAUAAGGGAACUAUUCUAAAAGCAUCUGUAGACUACAUUCGUAAACUACAGAAGGAGCAGCAACGUGCUAAAGAGCUUGAAAGUCGUCAGAAGAAGCUAGAGCAUGCCAACAGACAUUUACUUCUUAGAAUUCAAGAGCUUGAGAUGCAAGCACGAGCACAUGGACUUUCUGUUUCUUCAUCCACUGGUCUCUGCUCUUCAGAAGUCCCAACACGAAACAUUAAACAAGAACCAAUGCUUGAAAGCUGCCCUCAGAGUGUCUUACUGCAUCAACACUCAGAUCCAUCAUGCACUACAACCCUUGACCUCACAGAUGGUACUAUUACAUUUCGUGAUAACUUAGGUCAUAUGUGUGAGUCCAGUGGUGCCUAUGGUGUCCCUACAAAAAUGGGAAGCAAAAUGGAAGAUAUCUUAAUGGAUGAUGCACUUCCACCAGUAGGUGUUACUGACCCAGUUCUUUCAUCGGUGUCCCCUGGAGCAUCUAAAACCAGCAGCAGAAGGAGCAGCAUUAGCAUGGAAGAGAGCGAUCACUGUUAGCAGCACAUCGUCUGCACAUUUCACAGCAAAGUCAGCAGACUCUUUUUAAAAACUGUAUUAAAUAUUUGCAUUUUUAUGUUUUUUUUUUACUUGUUUCAUUUUUGUUACAACAAUGGCCCAGUGUUUGGAAUAUUUUUAUUUCCUGCAUAAGAACAUUGAAUCUGUUGCUAUGAAAAGCAACUCUGAGAAAAAAAAAGGAUAUGGCCUGUUUUAUUUUUUUAUUAAGGACUUUAAAAUGUACAGUGUUGUACUUUUGUCAGAUCUGUAAUGCAUCCCAAGGAAUGCGCUCUAACUAAUUUAAACAUUUACUUCGUUAAAUUUCUUAUAUAUUUAAUAGCAGAAUGCUAUUGAGUCAUCUUCACAUGAAACUAUUUUACUUGCUACUUUUUAAACAGUUAUACUGUCCAUUUGCUUAAAUACUACAAUAAAAUAUUUUCAUUCAUAUUUAAUUCAUAUUAUAGUACAUAUUGGACAGAUGUGAGUAAAAGUUAUACUUGAAAUUUUGACAUUUUAAAUUUGCACCACAAUGUAGACAAAGACAUUUCUUUUAAGAAGCAGCUCCCCCACCGCCAUGUUUAGUUUAAGACAUUAGAUAUAUUCCAUACAUUAUUUAUGUGGGUGUUAGUCAUUUAAACAUUUUUUUUGCAAACCACAUGAAAAACAUUGAUGUCAUUUUCCAUACUUUGUUCCAUUAUGUAUUAGCUAAUACAGUUCCUGUGUGAAUGAAAACCUGUGGAGUUCAACAUGGAAGGUUGAAAGUGUCUUCAAAAUGUCUACCAGAUGUUUCAUUUCUAAACAAGAAAUUGUUCCUCUUACUUACUUGAAAUUAGCAUAGCGUUAUAAUUUUUAUGCACAUAUUUACUCUUGGUUAUUGAUAUGCUUCAGGUUAUUAGAAGUGUUUCUGAACAUGCAGAAAGCUACACAUUGUUGAGUUGAAUUGACAGAACAUUCCUUUUCCACUAAAUUAUUGCUCACUAUUCACAGACACAGUAUUGCUUAAAAUAAAAAAAAUAUUUUUUUUCAGAUUCAGGCAUCAGCUAUGGCUAAAGUCACUGCAUUUAUUUAUUUAUUUAUUUAUUUCUUAAUGCAGACAGGUUUUGAAAAGAAAUAUGAUCCUUUAUGUCUUGCUCUUGUACAAGAUCUCAAGAUGUCAGUUGUAGAGUAUUUUGAAGUAUUUUUACAGAUUGUAGCAGAAGUCACAGUUUAAUGUCUGUGAUAACAUAACUGUUCAGCUUCCCGGAUCCAUAGGUUUAAAUCAACAAGCUGUACAGAAUUGGUGGGUGGGCCUCUGACUGUCAAGAAUUGCAGAGUAGUGAUAAUGUGAAAAUACGAUCAGCUAAAAGAUUGUGAAUUUAAAAGCGUGUUUCUCAAAGUUCACAAAAAAUUCUUGAUGUUUGCGCUAGUCUUUGCUCUUACUGCAUUUCUCAAUAUGAGUUAGAUAAAUGCUGACCAAAGUAAAAAAUGUAUUUUGCUCAUAAUAUGCCCUUUUUUUCAGGCAGUGCCCUUGCUUAUUGUACUAAGCUGCACAAUCCUAACACUUUGGUGCUUCAGAUGCAGCGAGACAUUUGCAUUCAUUAUAUGCUGUUAGACUUUCUCUGGACUUUAUAAUUAGCUUCCUAAAGGCAUACCUGAUUAUAAUACUGCCGUCUGCACAUAAAGAUAUUAAGAGCCUGCAAUGUGUGCUGCAUCAAAGAUAGAGUAUGAAAAAUCGAAAGAGAAAAAGAUAAAAAACAUUUGGCUGUUUUGUUUGGAGAUCACUAUAUGAGGCUCAGAAUUCUGGAUGACAGAAUUCCAGAACUCUUUUUUUUUUUUUUUUUGGAGGGGUGUUAUUCUGAACCCAAAUUCUAGUCACUCAGGGAUAACAGUACUACAUUAGCAGCACAUUGCCAUAACUGGGUGGGUACAGAUAAUGGUUACUGAAAAGUUAUUUUUCUGUGUCAUUCAAUGCUUCAACCUAAGAAUUCUAUGUUUUGGAUUUACAAGUUUCAGUAUAUUAUACUAUACAAUUGUUUGCCUUUGUGGUAGUUUUGUGGCACAAACUGUGUUAAGUAAACUUAACAGUUUAAGCCUUAAAAUUGUUUUGGUCUGUCAUAACUAAUACAUAAACGUAUGUGUUCAUUAUCGCAUUCUCCUUUGUGAACUUGUGAGUUGAAACUGAAAUACAGCUUAACGAGCUGUACAUUGCAACAUGCAGACUAAAGUAUGUUAACGCAGUUUAUAAGAUAUUUUAUCAAGGCCAAAGUCACUGACAGUGCUGUUGUGAAGCCAUUUCUCCAAGACCAGGAUCCAUCUGAAUUCACAGGAUUGAAGAAAUUUAAAAAUCAUCUGUGUGCUGAUGGGAGGACAGGCUUGGUCUCCUGAAGCCCCAUUACUAAAUAUACCAAUUCCAAAUCUUUUGCACCUCAGGGCAUAUGGUAUAGUUAGUGUUGGGUUGUGUGAAAAAAGAAGUCUUGUCAGUAUGAACCUUAUUUAUUUAGUUAUUUAUUUUUUAAUUUUCUAUUUCUUCAAGACUGGGAUAUUUUUAUCAAUUACAGAUUCAGUCAGAUAUAUUCAACAAGAUAGUAGUUGAUGAUUUGAAUAUCACUAAACAUCUCAGUGCCACUUAAACUUCAGCCUUAAAGUGUAUCAUCCUCUGUUUGUGGUUUUGACUGGUUGACUCUCAGCAGGGAGAAUAUAUUCUGGCAUGUCCUAAGGGCAGACUAUUUCAGUCAGAUUACUUUUUUUUAUAUACUUUUUUUUGUAUGUCCAUCGAUUAGCAAGCAUAAUUUGAGGUAUGGAAGACGUUAAUAAAUCCUGCUGAAUAUUUUCUCAUUCAGAACAGUACAGUGAUCUUGGCCUGAGAGUGAAAAGUGUCACUUGUGGGGUGCAUUCCUAUCUUUUUACAAUGAACACAAGUAAUAGUCUUCUUAAUACCGUUGUUUGCAUUUUAAGAGCUAACAUUGAAGAGCCACAGUAAAAUACAAUUUUCAGUUUCUGCAAGAAAGAAAGAAUAGUUCAGGAAAAUUCCAUACAGAAGCAAAAGUAAUACUACAAGAAUCAGAAUUCUAGGUAAUAAAUUAGAAUACAGCUAUUACAAAAAUACGAAUUUACAUGCACAUCUUCCUGCACAUGCACUCCAGGAACUUAUGCAUGCUAUUGUAUAUAUUUAUCAUUGCAUUCCUAGAUCUGGCCUCUUAAUUUGUAGUCCUUUCAGACAUUGCUGUACAAGAGUUCAUAGCUACAAAUGACUGCUGAAGUAAGCAGGAAGCUGUGAGGAUGAACAUUAUCCAUGUUUUCCUCCUAUGUCAGGAAAGUAGAACAGUCUGUGUAAGUGAGUUGUGUGGAGACAGUGUGUGAACGGCUGCCACUAGACAAGUGGAGUACUUUGAAGUUAGUUCAUGGGGGGGGGGGGUUAUAUUAAAAUUUGGUGAGAAAAACACAUGCUAGGCAGGAUUUCUUCUAACCCCACCCCAUGACUGAUGAAACAGCUUUGCCUGACAGUCCUGAAAGGUGUAUCUAACAGUUUAAUAUGCCUCUGUUCUGCUGUGAGGAAAGUAACACAUCUUGUGAGUGUUGUUGUGUGUACUCCUCUGGUUGUUAAUUCAGUGGUUGCCUAAGGAAGAGGCUGUGCCAAAAAUUAGUGUGUGUUAGCAGGACACUGAACUGAAAUUUAGUGGCAGAUGGCUGCGUAGGACAAUAUACUGGUAUGGUAGGGAGGGGGCACCUGUGCUUGGGAGAGUUUUUUUCUUUUUUUUUUUUUUUUGUACACUGCCUGGCUUGUUGACCUUGGGUAAGUAUUCCUCUACUUUUCUCUAUGUUAAACCCUUUCAUUUGUGUGAGGGUUGAGUACUUGGGAGGGGUGGCAGAAUGCUGUGCUGUCAUGCUGUUGGAAAUUAUUAUUAUUAUUAUUAUUUAAAUGAAAUACUCAUUUGGGUGUGCAAAGACCAAAAUGCAGACCAAGCAAAGCAUGCAUAUCCCCACUUGCUGAUUAUCUCCUAGCCAGGACCUACCUCUGGUUACUAAGAACCCUGCAGGGAGACCUCCCAAUAUCCAUGAGUUUUAUUUUAAUUUAAUUUAUUUAUUCAUGUGUUAACCAGGUAAAUAAACUGGGCAUGUAAGAUCAUUUUCAGCCACAACUAAUGUUACAAGGAUAAAUGCACUUUAGAGUACCAGUCCAUCAGCAUGUGUUAAAACAUGAGAAAAACAGACUACUUGCAGAAAACCAACCCAGACAUUGAGAGGCCUUACAAACUCCACUCAGACAGUAACCAGAGAUCAAUUCAGAACUCCAGACACUGUAACUGUUAAAGCAGAAGUUUAAACCACUCAACCAGUACACUUUGUUCCCUUAUCUUGCUCCCAAGUCAGAGAGAGCUCGAGACACCAAGGUUUCUAAUUGAAUCCAGGUUGUUGCUGAUGAAAUUAGACAUCCUGCCAUUUACUACUCCUUCCUAAAGUGAUUUAAAAUGUGCCAUCAUGGGAAGAGAAUACUACCCUUUAUAGUAGAUGUGGGCAAAAUACUUCCUUGCAGAUGUGAGCAGGGACUGAGCCAUGCUCUCCAGCUAAGAUUUUUUUUGGAUUGUGUCUAGGAUUUGCCACAUUAGUGGGUAGGAUUGAUCCAUCUCUUCAUUGUUUGCUACACUUGUGACCACUGACUGACCUACUAGUUGUGUCCUUCCUGUGCCACUAGUGACAUGUGUGGAUACUGGACUAGACCAGACUGGUUUCUCAAAUGAUUAAAUGGAUGAAAUGAGUUAAUUAUACAUUAGACUAUUCUUUUGGUUGUGCAUGGUAUGAAUUGAUCUCUUGUCUUUGUAAUGUUUGUUGGAAGAUGGGGGAACAUCAUUUAGCUCUUUGUCUUUACAAGAGCUCUGGGAGGUUGUAUUCAAACUUCCUUAGUUAAUAAUGUUUGCAUUCUGAUUCCUUUAGCACAGUUAGGUUGUGAACUUGUAGUGCAAACAAACAUUCCUGUUGAACCUUAAGUUUACUAAAGAAGUAUAACAGCAAAACUGUCCAGCAGAGCUCAUCUUCAGAAAGUUUGCAUUAAUUAGAUUCCAAGUCUUAAACUGUAUUUUUUGUCAAGAUAAACACAGUAAGUGCUUUUUUUGAACAUUUUGUAAAUAACUCACAUUAUGUUAGUAACAAUUCAGCCUAGGCACAUACCAAGCGUAGCACUAUUGUUGGUUGGUUGUAAGACAAAGACGUUUUGCCCGUUUUUGCUUGGCUGUUGAAUUAUCUACAUAGAAAAUAAUUAUGACUUUUUCUAUAAUUAAAUGUAUGAACAACAUUUAUAUGUCUAGCUGCUGCACUAGAUAGAGGUCAAAUAUUACACACAGUUGUGUUGUCUGUGAUAUUAUCUUUGAGCAGAUAGUUUCCAGUGGCUUAUAUAUCACAUGGUUUUGUAAAUAUUAAUGUAAAUAUCAGCAAUAAAUAUUUUUGAACAGAGAUAUCACUUGGCUGAUCUUAGAGAAACAUCUGGAAGUGGCACUAGGGCUUAUUGAAUUAGACUUAGAAGUGUUAAGGGAAUGGUGUGAUAUAAUGCAGAGAGACAGGUGCAGGGCCUUCAUGUAUAUCUGUGCUAUACACUUUGCUUGCCAGCUAAUAAUACUGAUCCAGCAGCCCACAGUAUACUAAAACUUUACCUUCUUGACCUGGUAGCUCUCCUUCACAAUCCAUACUACCUGAUGUUAAUGUGACACUAAAAAGGAUGGGUCCCUAUUACAAUAAUUGGGAAUAGUUGCAUAUGUUUUUUUUAGCUUUGGUUCCCUGCACUGUUCAUUAAACUGUAUCUUCCAAGCUGUUGUGUGGGACUCAGUCAUUCACCCUGGGUGAAAGCCUGUUGCUCUUUCAUUCCCUGAGGUGAGACUUGAGUUAGACAGAAGUGGGACUAGCCCUUUGCAUGCUUGGAGAACAGGGCUUUUUUCUUUAAGCCCUAGCCUCUCGAGCAUGCCAGUCAUGCUCAAGGUGUAGGCAUGCAGUAGGCCUUUAUGAAGUAUAUCCUAGGAUGCCUAAUUUCAUCAGCAACAAUCUGGAUAUAUCUGCAUAAGAUGUGAUCAGUUGUCUGUAUCCCCCUUGUAAGCUACACCCCCAUGUGAGCCCUGGUGUGCAAACUCACUUAGCAUGUAUGAAUACAUGCUCUCCACCCUUUCUCCUGAGAAAAGACAAGCAGGCUCAGCUUCAUAAUUUCUCUACUAUAUCACCUCCAUCUGAUGCCUGAGAUACUAGAUGAGUGUGAGUCACCUGAGACGUAGGUAGGGUUUUAUCCCUGUAUACCUACUUCAAACCAAAACCACACUGGAGCAACAGGGAAAUAACACUGCAUGAUAUUUAGAUUUUCCGAUGAAGUCUGUGGGGAUGAAAAGUGGCUGUAUUAAAGCUGAGUACACUUAAAUAUCGUGCAGUGUUAUUUUUCCGUUGCUCCAGUGUGGCUUUGGUUUGAAGUAUAUUUGAAGUUUGCCAAAUAUCAGUUUUCCUUUUUGUUUUGGAAUCCCUGUAUACCAAAAGACAGUUGCAUUGCUAAGGUAAGGUGAAGGGGGCAGCUACUCGAGCAUGAUUGGCAUGAUUGGCAGAUCCUGAUUAGUCUUCAGUGCAAUGCUGACUUUUAAAUGCCAGCACUGCAUUUGCAGUCUUACAUGUGUGGCCUAAACUGGAGCAUGGACUGCAGAGUUAAAGACCUUUAGUACUCUAUUUGUGACUGUAGCAGCUGCUUACUAUAAUGUUGUAAGUAGUUACUAAAGGUCCACUCCAUGGACAGCAGAAUUAAAGAGCUUUAGUGCUCUACUUGUGAACUGCAGCAGCUGCUUACUAUAGUGUUGUAAGUAGUUACUAUAGAUUAUAGGUCCACUCCAUGGAUGGCAGAAUUAAAGAGCUUUAGUACUCUAUUUGUGAACUGUAGUAGCUGUUUACGAGAAUGUUGCAAGCAGUUGCUAUAGAUUAAAGGGAAUUUUUUUUUUUAUGAUAGGAUUUCAAAACCCGACUACUUUAGCACUUUUAAACUAGAUAACCUUUAUUUUUUACUCCUCAAAUCCAAGGAGCAGGCUUUUUUUUUCUGGCGGGGGGGCAGGACCAGAUUAGAGGAUGGCACCGGGCACCAAAAUAGCUAGCUACACCUGUGGUAAUGGAGCUAGCAGUUAUAGGCAAUAUUGACACGUGGACUGUCUGGAGUAGCAGUACAGGCAGAGAGAUUCCAUUUAGAGAGAGCUAAGUAUGGUCCAUGUUGAGUAACAAUGGGGGUUAUGUAGAAAAAAAUACACAUAGUUUGUAUUUCAAUAUAAUAGGUGCCUGCUUGCACUGACCACAGCAAGCUCUGAAAAUAUGUCCCCAUUUGUAGGACUGUAACCAAUUUUUAGACAUUCGUAAAUGGAAGGAGAAAAGGAAAGAGACAGAAUCCAAGAAAACAGUUCAUCCUUAUCUGUACUUGCCUUCAUUAUGUUGACAUAUUUCUUCCUUGCAACCGUCCAGGUUUGACUGAUAGACUUGUUAGAAUUUCAGCAUUAUGUGGCAUGUUUCUCCAUGUGGGUGUUCAGAAUGUAAGUUCAUACCAUUUGCUUUUUGGAAUCAUUCAACAAAGCUUCUUAGGAUUGAGAGUGACCUUUGCCAAACACAUGGUAUUUGCCUUGUUGGGUUUUCCUUGCAGAAAGGGUGACAUACGAGCAAGGUUUCCCAGGUGUGCCGAUAGAGUGUACUGCCAAAAAUCAAUACAUUGUCUUGCCCUUUUAAUCAUCUAGCUGUGUUACUACUUAACUUUGUGAAAGUAGAAGCAGUGCUGCAAAUUAUGCAUUGGCAUAUUUUUUCUUUUCUAUUUUUGGUCCUUUUUGAUUUAUUUCAGCUGACCAUCUUUUAAUCAAAGAAGACAAUAAUUCCCUAACCUCAUAGCACACAUAUCACUAUGUACCAGGAAUUCAGGCUUGUCCCAGAGUUCUGCCACCACUGAUCUGGGUGAUUAGCAAUAAUUGUUGUCAUCCACAUCUGUUUGCUAAUGUUUAAGUUGUCUGUCGUUUGCAAUCAGUGCAAAAUAGUUAAUUGGAGCAAUAUGUCUCACUUGUUAUAAUUUGAUCAUCUUGUCUUCAGGAAAGUGUCACAGAACAAAAGCUGGGUGUAUAGUAGGUCAGGAAUGCAAACAAUGAGCAGAACUGGACAGUCAAUAGAAAAGGAAUGCAGGAGUUUGGUGCAGAGAUUUAAAUAUGGGGUGCUAAAUCCAGAUCCUACAGCUGCCCUGGGUUUGAAUCCCAUAGCCUCCAUUUGCUUACUGUGUGACUUUGAACAAGUCACUUACCCAGAGUUGUCCUUGAAAGAGUGUGUGUGUUUACCAGGCAUACCUGGUUAACAAUUUUUUUUCUUUCAUUUGUCAAUUCUGAUAUUAAAGACCUGCUUUCAGGGAGGUCCUCAAAGCAUACUGUAGAACUGAAGUCAGCACAGUUUUGUCCAAAGUGAUGCCAGAUUUUAAGCUUUUUUGUUACAGCGUUUUUUUCUCAGGUGAAUUUCUGCUUCUAAAUAAUGAAGUCAAAAUAUAAUACAGACCAGAAUGCUACAAAGUGCUUUACCACUGGCAAAUUAAAAUGUGAUUUACAGCAUAGCAGGGUCACGGACAUAUUUUGAUACUACCCUGGCAAAAUUUGUUGCUGUAAAUUUCUUACUGGUUUUGCUGUUUUCUUCAAUUUCAGUUUUACAGUGUAUUUUGACUGGUAUGACCUAUUUUUUUAGUUUAUAAGGUUUCCUAAUCUGAAUGUCUUUGUAUUUCAUAUUUGAUAAUAAUAAUACAUCAUGAUAAUACCGGUACUAAACAUUUCAGCUAUUUAUAACUAAAAAAGUAUUUACAGAAUUUUUUUCUGUCUGGGUUGUAAACACUUGAAAGAAUAUGUGAAUGCAGGGUCUUGUAGUUUGAACUACUCACUGAAGCAAUUUUUAUCUUAGACUCUCAGAAUCACUUAAGAUAUAUUUUGAAUUUUGUUAUUAACUAACUGUAGUACAAAUUUAAUAACAUGAUGCUUUAAGCAGCAAACUAUUGUUCUCUAUUUAUUUUUAUUGAUAAUUAUAUGCUGGUGUAUAGUAGUACAGUGUGUAGAUAAAGUAAGAAAGCUUUAUAUUGCCAUCCAAGGUAACACUUGAUGUUUAGGUCAACAGCAUAUCUUAUGAAGAGUAACUUGCUGUUUCUUCUUAGAAUGGUUUCUGGAUAAUGUUUUUACAUUUAAUAUGCAGAGAUAUCGUGAAUGUAGUUUCAGUGCAUUAAGUCAUUUUCUACUUCAUUGUAGAUCUAUGCAAUUAUAAUAGUUCUGUUUGUAUGAUAUUGUGCCUAGAUGAUUUAUAGAACAACAAUAUGAUAUUUGAGCCAGACUGAUAUGACUUUUUUUUCUGUAACAUGCUAAUAAUAAUAAUAUAUGUUGCAAGUGGCAGGACAGUUGUACUGCAUUCAGAAUGAAGUGCCUUAAAUUUCAAGUGAAAGUUUGUAUUUGGAUUUGCACUAACCAAAGUACGAAGAUUGUGACAUGUGAAAGGUACGAUUAUAGUUACACAGUUUCAAACCACUGUAACAUCAUAUUUAUGUACAAAGUAGAAGUGAGACCACAUUUUCACUAACCAAGAACUUGAAUAAAUCCUUACUUGGAACAAAAUUUGUAAAAGGCCUUUUUUUCCAGAUUGUGAUAUAUAGAGGUAUUAUGUUGCAAAAGGUAGUUCCAAUUACUAAGAGUGAUGUUGAGAACAAUUUCUUAGCAGGAUAGCAUUUUAUGGCGAAUGGUACUUCCUGUAAAGAGAACAACGAUCCUUGGAGAAAUGUUAAUAGCAGAUGGGAUAGCAAAAGGAAUUUUAUAUUUUAUAAUCCUUUCAGUUUUCCAGCAAGAUAUUUCAUAUAAGAUACUGCAAAAGCAUUUAAAAUAUUUUGGUGGUGAUAAGUUAGACUUAGUCAAGUUUCUGUGUGACAGCUAUAUUUUCAAAUAGCACAAUUCAAGUUGUGUGAAAACAUCUGUGUGAGUGGAACUUUGUGUGUUAAACCAUGGCUUGGUUGACAAACGCGCACCACCAUUCAGAAUGGCAUCAUCUUUUAAAUGUUACUUGGUAUUUAUUAAUAUACCUGCACAGAAAGAUUACACAGGGGAUACAGAUUGUUAAUUCUUUUGAAAGCUACUUGAAAAGUAGCCACUGUCUCUUCAUCAUGCAGUGGGUUUAAGACACUGAAUCUUUUGAUUCUGAUGGUGAUGAUGUUAAUAAUGAUACUGAAGCCACAAACUGUUUCAGUUUGGAAACUGUCAAUAAUCUUCCUUGUAUAAUAUGUUGUCAUUAGCUACUGUAUAAAAUCAAUGCAUGUUCUCCACUUCUGUACCGUGCAUACUCCAUUUGCAGUAUUUACAUAUGUACAGGAUGUUAACGCGUCUUGCAAUGAUUAGUGACAUUCCCUAGACUGGUUUAAAGGUGUGCAUAGUAUAAUCAUGAAGACUAAACAUGAUUAGUUCACUCAUCCAGAUUCAUAGAGAUGUUAAACUAGAUAUUCUGAAAUUAUUAUGUGAAGGGAAACAUAAACCAAACAUUACUCAUUUGCCAAAAUACAUGUAAAACUGAAGAGUAUACAAUGCAAUACAUUUAUAUAUGAAUACUUCCUUAUUAUAAAGCAAUAACCUAAGUCUGAGCAUAGGAAUACCUGUAAAAGCACAAAGGGUUGCACUUACUUGGAUUUUGAGAGAUAAAUGAUGCACUGGGAUGAUACUGAUGUUGAUGACAGCAUAUAAUAUGGUGUUCCUUGACAAGGUAUAAUUAAAACUGCCUCUUGCCAUAUUGCUUGGUACUGUAAUAAUAUUGAUAUAGUAUUUGCUGCUGUUUGCAGCAGUAGAUUAUUGUACGAUCCAUUAAAUUGUGAAUCAUGGAUCAAUAAUGUAUUCUGUACAAUUAAUUGAGAUACUGUUUCUGGAUAGCCUAAUUAAAAUACAUGGUUUUCUCAUA